AAGUAAGAACGAUAAUUCAAAAUAUGUUGUAAUGUUGUUUACAAGAAUAAUUGAGGAUCUAACAUAUCUUUCACAUAUAAACUAAAGGCCAAAUACAUCAACAUGACGACUGCAGGUCCAGGUGGAUUUCAGGCUGGCACUGCUGUUGUCCCGGCUACUCAGGUGGAAAUCAGUGUCCAGUGCAGAAAUUUAGCAGACAUGGAUGUUUUCUCUAAAUCAGACCCAAUGUGUGUUUUGUUUAUGAAAGAUAUAAAAACUAACACAUUUUAUGAGCACAAAGAAACAAUUGAUAACCAGCUCAAUCCCAACUUUGCCAAGAAAUUUACACUCACCUACCUCUUUGAAGAAUUACAGAGCAUUAAAUUUGAAAUAUAUGAUGUUGAUUCUGCUUCUCAUAAUUUGAAAAAUCAUGAUUUCAUUGGACGGAUGGAGUGCAGCCUGGGAGAAAUUGUAGGGGCACCAGGAGGGAAAUUAGAAAAGCCUUUACAGGGAUCUAGGAGAAAGAAUGGGACAAUAAUAGUCAGAGGAGAGGAGCUAAGCAAUUGCAAGGAGGAGAUAACUCUUCAUUUCCGAGCUAGUCAUCUGGAUAAGAAGGAUUUCUUUGGAAAGUCUGAUCCUUAUUUACAGCUUUCCCGGGUUAAUGAAGAUGGCAGUUACACCGUGGUACACAGAACAGAAGUCAUCAUGAAGACGUUAAAUCCAUGGAGAUUUACAAUCAUGUCCAGGGCCUUGUGUAAUGGAGACUAUGACAGGAGCAUUAAAUUUGAAUGUUAUGACUGGGACAAAGAUGGAUAUCUUAUACACCCAAAGAAACAGGCAAAGAAAAAGAAAUAUAAAGAUUCAGGGGAGGUGCUACUAUUGAGUUAUAAAUCAGAGCAGAUCUUUUCGUUUCUGGAUUACAUACAAAGUGGCACUGAAAUGAACUUCACAGUAGCGAUAGAUUUCACUGCCUCUAAUGGAAACCCCUCUUCUCCCUCAUCUCUUCAUUACCUGAACCCAUACGGAACCCCAAACCAAUACGCUGCGGCUAUUCAAGCUGUAGGAAACAUUAUUCAGGACUAUGACAGUGAUAAGCUGUUUCCAGCCCUGGGAUUUGGAGCAAGAAUGAGUGAUGGCUCUGUUCACCACGAGUUUGCAUUGAAUUUUAACCCCUCCAACCCAUUCUGUCAGGGAGUAGAGGGAGUCCUGCAGGCAUACUACAACUCACUGAAGAAUGUCCAACUGUACGGCCCUACAAAUUUCUCCCCCGUCAUUAACCACGUAGCCAGAUUUGCUCAGGCAAUACAAGAUGGCAGUCAGUAUUUUGUUUUGCUUAUCAUUACUGAUGGAGUGAUCACAGACAUGCAGCAAACCCAGCAGGCUAUUGUUAACGCCUCCAGACUCCCUAUGUCCAUUAUCAUUGUUGGUGUAGGGGACGCUGAUUUUACUGCUAUGAAUAUUUUGGACGGUGAUGAUGUCAGACUAUCUUACAAUGGAGUGUACGCAGAGAGAGAUAUUGUACAGUUUGUUCCAUUUAAUGACUUCCUAAACCGUGGUAACAUGACGUUGAGUCAAGCAGCCCUAGCUAAAGAAGUGCUGGCAGAAAUACCGGAUCAGUUUUUGUCGUACAUGAAAAAGCACAAUGUAAAGCCCCGGAUAUCUGCUACUGCCCCGCCAUAGACCUACAUAUCCCUGAAGUAGAGAUAUCAUUUAUCAUGUUUACAGACUUCAAAUGCUUCUAAGAUUUUUAAUGCAAUAAUUCUUUUUAAUUAAUUUACUGCUGUUAAUUCAGUGUGUAUUCAUAGUGAAUUGAUGUAUUAGUGCUGUUAAUUCAGGGUGUAUUCAUAGUGAAUUGAUGUAUUACUGCUGUUAAUUCAGGGUGUAUUCAUAGUGAAUUGAUGUAUUAUGCUCUUAACAAUUAUUGGUUUUAGAUUUACUAGGGAUCUAUACAUGUACACUGUAUAUAUCUCCUUGAUUUUGCAGGUGCUCUUACAUUUACUUGUAUCAAUUCAUGUAAGUGUGUUAAUAAGAAAUAUCAGCCAUGUGUAGAAAAGGCAGUAUCUGAAAAGAGGUGUUAAUAUUGCCCAUGUGAACAAUAUAGUUUGUAGUUUAACAUUCUGUAGAUGUUUUGACAUUGUUUUAUGUACUUGUCUUUGAAACAACCAUUCUUUCCUUUAAAAUUUCACAGCUUUAUCUUGCAGUAUUUGAUUAAAGCCUAAAUGUAGGUUCCUGUAGGAAUAGAGACAUUUGCUGUGAUUUCAUACUAGAAUUUUUUAAACAUUCUUAAUGUGCAAUAUACAUUGUCAAGACAUUUAGGUUGGUGAUUCUGUUGCUUAUAUACCUUUUAUGGCAUUCUCUUUAGGUUUAGACUGAUAAUUAUAAUUUUUUUAUGUAAUUUUUACAUUUUUAUGUAGUACAUUUUAUACAUUUUAUUUUUAUCUUUAAAUGACUGUGUGAGAUAUUUUUCACUUUCUUUAUUGUCACUAAGGGCAAUUGAGAAGACUCACUGAUGGACAUUGGAUGUGGCAUCUGUUGAGUACAGACUUUAAACUGGAUGCUGUUUGGAUAUAUAUUGACUGUGCAUUGGUUUCAGUUUGUAUCUCAAUUAAUUUUGGACUACCUCCAGUUUAGAUCUCUGUUGAUUUUGAAUUGAACACAGCUUGGAUAACUGUUGAUUUUGAAUACUGUAGAAGUACUUUUUUCCGCGUGGUAUUAAUUUACGCUAUGUACGCGGCCACAAAUUUUCCGCGGAAAUUUUUCCAAGCGUACUUUUUAUAAAUGUAAGGCAUAUAGUGACAAUCUAAGAAAUCCGCGUUAUUUUCUAUCCGUAGAUUAAACAGAUAUUAAGAUUCCGCGGAAUUAUGAUUCCGUGGAAAAAAAUACGUCUACAGUAUGCUUAUAAUGCAGCAUCCAAUGACUUUGAACUGACUAUAGUAUAAUAUUAAUCAACUCAAUGUACAUUGUUAUUUUCUCUUUAACAGAUGCUCAACAAUGCUCAAUACAUUAAGGUGUAAUUCAUUUUCCUAAUUUGUACAAAUUGAUGUCAACUUAGCAAAUGCUUUAAUUGCUUAUUCUUUUGUUAACUUCUAACUUGGUUAGAUACAUGUGUACUGAAGCACCAACACUUUGAUUUUAGUUUCCUGUGUUCAGUUUUAGUUGAUUUACUGCGGUAGUUUUGCAUGCAUCAUGACUGUUGAAGUUUGUAAAACACGCAAUUCUGUGAUUUUAGAAUGCAUUUUAGAAAUGUUCAUUGCAAUAAAUGUGUUUAAGUUCA